AUGCUGCUGUCCUUUGAGAAACCCUACUUUGGUCUGACCGGGGGAUGGCUGACCUUUUGGCUCACAGUCGCUUGCGGUGUGGACAUGACACUGUUCGGAUACGAUCAGGGUGUCUUCAGCGGCGUAGUAGUGACACAAGACUUCCUUGAGCUCCAUGACCUGGUCGGCCCUACAAAGACUACAACACUUUCAACGGUGACUGCCAUCUAUGAUAUUGGUUGCUUUUUCGGUGCCAUUCUGGCAUUUGCGAUCGGCGACCGCCAGGGCCGUAAAAACUGUAUCAUUUUGGGUACUGCUAUCAUAGCCAUAGGGACCAUUCUGCAAGCAUCAUCAUACAGCUUGGCCCAGAUGUUCGUCGGCAGGGUUGUACUAGGUGUCGGCAAUGGUAUGAACACAGCCACGGCACCCAUCUGGCAAACUGAAACAGCACAGGCCAAAUGGAGAGGAAAGCUCGUUAUCUUUGAACUGGGGUUGAAUGUUGGUGGCUACUGUAUCGUCAACUGGAUCAAUUACGGGCUAUCCUUCCACGAGGGACCCAUCGCGUGGCGUUUGCCUAUCGCUCUGCAGCUCGUCCUUGUGAUCAUGUUAUUCCUCACUGUCCCGUGGCUUCCCGAGUCUCCAAGAUGGCUUAUAGCACAUGAUCGUCAUGAUGAAGCGGCAGAAGUGCUUGCCUGUAUAGAAGGAAUGUCCAUUGACGACCCCUAUAUCACGACCCAGCACAACGAAAUCAAGUUUAGCAUCCAGUACGAGCGCGAUAAUGCCGUUCGGUGGCGCGACCUCUUGCUUCGUCGGCAGUCUGACGGCACCAAAACCCUUCGCCGGUUGCUCCUAGGCGCCGGCACACAGGCCAUUCAGCAGCUUCAAGGAAUAAACAUCAUGAGUUAUUAUUUGCCCACAGUGUUGAUGAACUCGGUGGGACUCUCGAAUACCAUGGCACGACUGCUGACUGCCUGCAAUGCGACGUCAUACUUCAUCUUUUCUUGCCUGGCAGUUACAGUGGUCGAGAGGCUGGGCCGCCGAGGUCUUAUGAUGCUUUCUGGUUUUGGCCAGUUUGUGUGCUUCCUAAUAAUCACUAUCUUGCUUAGGUUUGCCGAGAUCGAUAAGGUAUACGCCACUGCCUCAGUUGCCUUCUUUUUCCUGUACCAUAUUGCAUUCGGAAUGGGAAUGCUCGGCGUGCCAUGGCUGUAUCCAACCGAAAUAAACUCCUUGCCGAUGAGGACUAAAGGGGCGGCGGUUGCAACGGCAACGAAUUGGAUCACCAAUUUUGCUAUUGUUGAGAUCACACCCAUUGGGAUCCAAAACAUUGGGUGGCGAUUCUGGAUCGUGUGGACUGUGCUCAAUGCCGUCUUUCUACCGAUUAUCUACUUCCUUUAUCCGGAGACAGCAAACCGAACAUUGGAAGACGUGGAUGCCUACUAUCGGUCCAACCCGCCAUUGAUCGUGGCCGGUGAUCCGGAUGCCACCUCGACAAAGCGUCCGCUUAGGUUCAUCCAGCACGAGGAUAGUGAAGUCCAGAGGAGGGCGAAACGAACUGAUUCUCUGUCCUCUAAGAGUGACGAGUUCGCUAGUGCAGAGCAUGUAGGGUGA